AAUCCAGACUGCAAACUCCGACAAAAGCAAGUCGGCAAAGGCCGUUUGAAGCUGGCAAGAGUGGUAUUUAUAGGCGCGGCAUUCAAAUGAGUACGUCUACCCACUAUCUGAUUGGAUAACGGAAAUGGCCAGUAUGCAAAUGAGGUGAUUCUAGUACGACUUUUCUGAUUGGCUAGACAGCCAUCCAGGUGUCAAAUCACAAGCAGCCAUAAGACUAUAAAUAAGCCCAGUAGCGGUUACUUGUGCACAUACAUCUCCUGUCACCUGCGGAGGAAUGAUUGGACGUGCAAAACAGGGUGGCAAGGCCUGUGCUAAGGCCAGGUCCCGCUCUUCCAGAGCUGGCUUACAGUUUCCUGUGGGUCGUAUAUACCGCCUGCUACGCCAGGGGAACUAUGCGGAGCGCAUUGGGGCGGGUGCCCCAGUUUAUCUGGCAGCAGUGCUCGAGUACCUGACAGCUGAGGUCCUGGAGCUGGCGGGCAAUGCUUCCCAUGACAACAAGAAGACGCGCAUUACCCCGCGCCACCUGCAGCUGGCAAUCCGCAACGACGAGGAACUCAACAAGCUUCUGGGCAAGGUGACGAUCGCUCAGGGCGGCGUGCUGCCCAACAUCCACGCCGUGCUGCUGCCCAAGAAGACCGAGAGCCACCACCACAAGGUCCAGAGCAAGUGAUCCCUCCGAGUGACAAGUCUAAGUGACCUAAACAUUGGGAGGGAAAGUCACACAAAAGGCCCUUUUCAGGGCCACCCAUGAUUUCACAGAAAGAAGGCCGUGCACAAGCUACAGAGGCCUGUAGUUGUAUGAAUCUGCAGUAGAUGACUAAAAUUAUUUUAAUUCUUAACUUAUGUCUAAUAACUAGUUAUUGGCCCCCAAGUGUCAAGCAUUGUGAAAAGUCCCAAAACACUGUGGUCUUAAGACUCCUGCCAGUGUGGACCUCUAUUAGGAAUUUUUGGUUUGUUUUUGUUGUACUAGGGAUUGAACUCUGGGCGCUGAGGUAUGGUUCAUCCCCAGUAACAACGUAAUAAAAUCGCUGUUACCCAGAUUUGAAUUUGGCUGCUUUAGCCUCCCAGAGUGCUGUGAUCAAAGUGUCUCCACUUUUCAGCCCCCAUGGUUUCUCUCAUAACAGACACAUAGCAAGCUCCUAGUGGCUGCAAUGCCACUUUUAGUUACGUUUUUGAGUUUGGGAGAAAACAGCCUGUUUAAAUUACUGCCGCAUUGACAACCUGUGGUUUUGGAGAUAGUGUGAAAGUAAUCCUGUCUUAGUUUACUUCACUGAAUUAAGAGUUAAUGCAUUGAUGGGAUUGUAAGAAGUAGAUAUGUCAUCUGGCAGCUUCCAGCUUAGCUCGGGCAAUCCUACAUCAGACAGUUUGGCAAGGUUCAUGGCUACCCAAAAGUAUGUUCUAAAAAGGACUUUCUCUCCAAUACCAAUGUUUCAAGUAACAGGUAACAUAGAAGGAAGCCAAAAGUCACAAAGCAAGUUAAAUCUGAAAAUUUAUUGUAAGUGCAUGUGUAAAAGAGUGAAUAUCUGAUAUUCAUACAAAGUAAAGAAUAACA